CGAUCUUUUGACGCCGGAGAGGCAAAAACGCGUGGGAAAGCCUGUGGCGGCGGCUGGAGAUGCUCUUAGCUUUGGAUCAACGCCCCCCGCCCUCUCCCCCCGGCACAAUCCCGCCUCGUGCGGCGUCGCCGAACAUCGCCGCCGUUCCCAUUUCCUUGCUGUCCUGUCCGCUCUUGGACUUUGAUUUGUUUAUGAGGUAUGAGAUUUUUCGCCAUCCAGGACCUCCACAAAUUUCGAGUGCGCCGGUGCAGACCCGUCAUCAUGCCAUAUAGAUCCGCCCCUUAGAUGUAGAGUGCUUACAUAAGAGAGGACGGAGGGGCGCAAUUGAUUCUGUUUCUUACGGAUCCGAGUCUAGUUCCAACAAGGAUUCUAGUAGUAUAUUUAGAUUGCUUCGCAGGGAAAGGCCCGACCUUUUUGUCUUUGCAUCGGCGGAGACCAGGAGCGAUGGCGAGCGCAGGACUGAAGCUUGCUCCUCUGCCGCUCUCACCGACCGCAAGCGCCCUGAGGCCGCCGGGGAGCCUUCCGAGGCUACCGACUGGUCCUCCCUCCCUCCGGACGUCAUCCGCAUCAUCGCCGAGCAACUGCUGGCGGAGGACGUGACGGAUUACAUGUGCUUCCGCGCUGUGUGCUCGCACUGGCGUGCCUUCACCACCAGCCCCUGCGAUCUCACGCUGCAGGAAACCCGCUUCCGUCCUCGCGGCUGGGUCGCCCUCUGUGACGGCGACGGCGUACGCCCAGCUGAUGCCUGCGAGAUCACCCUCUUCCACACGUCUACCAGCAGGCGCCUCCAUGCCCGUCUGUCCGAGCUCCAGAACCACCGGGUCGUCGGCUUCACUGAUGGCCUCCUCAUCCUGCUCAACAAGGGCACCACCGCUGUCCGUGUCCUGCAUCCAUUCACCCGUGUCUUCAUUGACCUCCCUCCCCUUGCGCCCAUCUUCCACCAUUUGGUUUGGAUGAAAGCCGCAGUCUGCCGGUCCCAUGCCUCGAUUGCCGUCGUUGCCUGGUUCUCGGUUGUGCCAGUGGUGGUCUACGCUGAACCUGGGAAGCCACAUUGGUCUGUCAUACACCAAGGUCUUGAGCUUUGGACUGCCUUACCAUUCCGAGGCAGACUGUUUGGCAUCAGAAAGGGGACAUGGGAGAUUGUGCAGGUGUACCCUCUGUUCCCGCAGCACCCAGUGGUUGCUCGUAUUCCCAGCUUGUUUGGUUGCCCUACAUUUUGUUGCUACUACCUUGUGGAAUUCAGAGAAUACAUGCUCCUUGCUGUCCAGCAUCGUCGUGUUAGCCAGAGCAAGAAGGGGUGGCAGCCAUUCGCUUUUGCCCUCUUCCUGGUGAAUUGAACAUAUAAAUGACGCUAGACAACCCGCCGUUCUGGAGGCAUCGAGCGCGCACGAUGUCUUUGACCACACGAUGGAGCCAGAGCAAGAAGGGGUGGCAGCCAUUCGCUUUUGCCCUCUUCCUGGUGAAUAUAAACCAAAGAGGACUGGCUCUGUUGAGUAGCCUAGGUGACCGGGCGCUCUUCCUUAGCAAAGACCGAUGCCUAUGUGUCUCCGCCACAAAACUCCCUUCUAUCAGCAGCAAUUCCAUCUACUUCUCGCUGCCCAACUUCGACCCUGGUGUAGUGUAUUCUCUAAGCAGCGGGACAUUCGAGCGGACAUCAACGCAUGCCCUCAUACAUGACCUGAAGGAGAGGGUUCGGCCCUCUGUGCGGCCCUUCACCCUGGCUGAUCAUCUGACAACAUAUUGCCACCAUCUUGAGUGGUCAAAGGGACUUAUGUUUCAUGAGUACUAUGUUAUACCUUUGUCUUGGAAGGAAAUGUUGAGAAAAAUUACGUUACAUGACUGUGAAAUUCAAGUUUCAUGUGUGUGUGAAGAGAACGAAGUGGGAAGUUUGACGUCAAAGAAAAAGAACCUGGGAAUAACAGGCUUGCUAGGUCUCAGUUUCAGAAGCCUUGGUUUGUUGAAGUCAUUAGUGCUGCUCUUUGGAACAUCUGGGACAGAGGAAUGGAUUUUUGAAGGGCAGCCGCCUUCUUUAGCUCACUGGAAAGUUCUUUUCAAGAAGAACCUCCACCUCAUUUCCUUCAGGGUGAAAGAUAAGAACAGAGACCCUUUUUUGGCUUGGUUGAGAACUUUUCAAUUUGGAGAGGGCUUUGUAAGUUUAGCCUUUUGUUUGUUUUCCUUUCUUUUUGGCUUCUCUAACAUGUAAACAUUUAGGAUACCUACCCUCAACCCCCCCUUGUAUAUCCUAGCUGCUGAUAAUAUAAAAUAUACCAUAGGGGGCUUCCCCUAUGGCUUCACAGGUAAAAAAAAGAUAUAUUACAUAGAUCGUGCACUGAGAUGGAACCACAGGGAAGCUAUCCUUACGCCUUGUCGAUCCCCGACUUCACCAGUCGUCACAGAACAUGCCAGAAUUUGAAUACUAGCUAUCAUAACCAUUGCCGCCCUCCUCCACUUAGCGGAGAGAAGAGCCUUGCAUUGCAUGAUGAGCGACACCGCCUUCUGAAGCACCUGUUCAUGAUUGUUGAUUAAGUGCACAAUCUUAGUACUCCACAAGACCAAGUAAUUGCCGCAAAACAAAUAGAUGUUUCUUUUAUGAUGAAGUUUUUA